AUGACACCGAAAUGGGUCCGGUUGGGUGUAGGGCUGGUAUUGGCUGGCGUACUCGCAACGGCGCCGGCACAUGCGGCGCGAUGCAUCACCAGCCAAGGCCAGUUCGAGGCCUACAAGCAGGCGCUCGCCCAGCAGGCCGCAUCGGCCGGGGUCGGCCAGCGCGGCAUGCAGGCCCUGCAGCAAUCCGGGAUUUCGGGGAUUACAUGGCGCUUCGAAUCCAACCCCUCCUCCCAGACCGGAACCCGCUACCGGAGCCCGGAACAGUUUCUCAGAAGCCGCUUUUCAAGCGUCAACUCGUUCGUUUCGGGGGCAAAGCGCCGUUUGGGCCAGAAGGCCGGCCUGUUUCAGGCGCUUGAACGCCAGUAUGGCGUGCCCGGCUCGAUCCUCGUUGCGAUCUGGGGUUAUGAGACAUCCUGGGGCGGCUAUACGGGCGACACGCCGAUCGUAAGCGGCGCGGUGACGCUCGCAUCCUACUGCCGGCGCCACCCGCGGUUCGAGGACGAUGCGAUCGCCGCGCUGAAGCUCGUCGAUCGCGGCGUCAUCUCGGGCAACAGCCGUGGCGGACCGUCCGGUGAACUGGGCCACAUGCAGUUUCUGGCGGGCAACUGGAUCCGGUUCGCGGUCGAUGGCAGCGGAGACGGGCGCGCCGAUCCCAACAAUUCCGCCGACGCGCUGGCGACCGCGGCCAACAUGCUGCGCCGCAAUGGCUGGCGCGCCGGCCAGCCCUUCACCGAGGGAUCGCGCAAUUUCCGUGUGCUUUCGGCUUGGAACGACAGCGGCAAUUACCAGCGUGCCAUUGCCUAUGCGGCAAGCCUGAUCGACCAGUAG